AUGGCAUUUAUCGAGUCAUCCACUAGGAUCGGAGAUUCAGAGAAGUUCGAUCGAGAGAGAGAGAGAGAGAGAGAGAGUUUGCGGCCAUGGGCGGAGGGAGGAGAUCACGCGCACCAUGGAGAGGAUUUCAGGGCCAAGGUGUGGAGCAUGACCGGCGGCCCCUACUGUCGCCCUAAGCACUGGAAGCGCAACACCGCCAUCGCCAUGUUUGGCAUCUUUCUCAUUUGCAUCCCUAUCGCCAAGAAAUCAGCCGAGCUCGAGCAACGGCCUCAUUACCCGGUUCGCCCUAUUCCUUCCCAGCUCUGGUGUGAUAACUUUGGUAAAAAGGAUUACUGAGUUUUAUGGCACCUUGUCAUGGUAUUAGCUUUUCAUGAUCCUACAUUCUAUAAGUUGCCUGCAUCUGUUAAACAAUAAGUUUGGGAUGGAUGGAUGAUGCAAUACCUUUGUUUAUACAUUUUGUACUUGGAAAGACUAUUCCCCUGACUUCAAACUGUUUCAAAAAUUGAUGGCCCCAAGUUUUUUUUUUUUAAUUAAUCAUAAUCUUCUUGAAUAUUCAGCUGUA